GAGGCGAAGGCCGGGUGCGGGGGGAUUUAAGGGCCCGCGGUCCCCCCGGCCCGGCCUCCUCACGCCGCCCAGAGGGACGUGGGUGUCGGGACCCAAGUUUGUGCGGGUACGUGUGUGACCCCCUCCCCUCUCCGGGGGUCACAUCGGUGACUGCGCAGGGAAGGGGCGUUUCCUUCUGUCCCCGCUUGGCUGACCCGGGGCGAAGGUCUCGGUGGGGAAACUGAGGCACGAGCGGGUGCCACCCGCAGCUCUCUCUGUGCAGCACCCGCUCAGCACCGCACGAUGAAGGCUCUUCUCCUCCUCCUCGCCCAGCUCUGCUCGGCAUCACUGGUCCCCGAGAGGGAGAAGGACCCCGAGUACUGGCGGCGGCAGGCGCAGGAGACCCUGCGGAACGCGCUGAGGCUGCAGCGCCUCAACCAGAACGUGGCCAAGAACCUCAUCCUCUUCCUGGGGGAUGGCAUGGGCGUCUCCACGGUCACGGCCGCCCGCAUCCUCAAGGGGCAGCUGCAGCACGGGCAGGGCGAGGAGAGCCUGCUGGAGAUGGAGAAGUUCCCCUACGUGGCCCUGGCCAAGACCUACAACACCAAUGCCCAGGUGCCCGACAGCGCUGGCACGGCCACUGCCUACCUGUGCGGUGUCAAAGCCAACGAGGGCACCCUGGGGGUCAGCGCCGGCGUCACCCGCGACCGCUGCAACACCACCAAGGGCCAGGAGGUGACCUCCAUCCUCCGCUGGGCCAAGGACGCAGGGAAGGCCGUGGGGAUCGUCACCACCACGCGCGUGACCCACGCGACGCCCAGCGCCGCCUACGCCCACUCUGCCAACCGCGACUGGUACUCGGACGGGGAGAUGCCCCCGGACGCCCUGGAGGGCGGCUGCAAGGACAUCGCCCGGCAGCUGGUGGAGAACAUUCCCGACAUCGAGGUGAUCAUGGGCGGAGGGAGGAAAUACAUGUUCCCCAAAAACGCCAGUGACGUGGAGUAUCCCCGCGAGGAGAAGCACCGGGGCACCCGCCUGGACCGCAGGAACCUCGUCCAGGCGUGGCAGGAGGCCAAACCCCCCGGCAAGGUUGCCAAGUACGUGUGGAACCGGCGGGAGCUGCUGGCGCUCAACCUCAGCCGUGUCGACUUCCUCCUGGGUCUCUUCGAGCCCGGGGACAUGGUGUACGAGCUGGACAGGAACAACGAGACGGAUCCUUCCCUCAGCGAGAUGGUGGCCGUGGCCAUCAGGAUGCUCCAGAAAAACCCCCGCGGCUUCUUCCUCCUGGUUGAAGGCGGCCGCAUCGACCACGGGCACCACGAGGGGAAGGCGAAGCAGGCGCUGCACGAGGCCGUGGAGCUGGACCGGGCCAUCGGCCUGGCCACGCGCCUCACGUCGGCACAGGACACCCUGAGCGUCGUCACCGCCGACCACUCGCACGUCUUCACCUUCGGCGGCUACACCCCCCGCGGGAACCCCAUCUUCGGUCUGGCCCCCAUGCAGAGCGACGUGGACCGCAAGCCCUUCACCUCCAUCCUCUACGGCAACGGCCCCGGCUACAAAAUCGUGGCGGGCGAGCGAGAAAACGUCUCCGCCGUGGAUUUUGCACACGCUGACUACCAGGCGCAGUCGGCCGUGCCGCUGCGGCAGGAGACCCACGGCGGCGAGGACGUGGCCGUGUUCGCCCAGGGCCCCAUGGCCCACCUGCUCCACGGGGUCCACGAGCAGAACUACAUCCCCCACGCCAUGGCUUACGCCGCCUGCAUCGGCUCCAACCGCGGCCACUGCAACGCCGGCGCCCGCCCCGCCGCCCCCCUGCUCCUGCCCUUCCUCGCCCUCCUCGUCCUCCUCUGCUAAAGUGCCUCUUGCAGAUCGCCUGGGGGGGGAUUUAUUUUUAAUUCAUCCCCCCUUUUUAUGUUUUUUUUGUGGAGAGCAGCGCCCGGGAAAGAGGAGAGAAGGAGAACAGAGAGACUCAGCGGAGCAAAAGCAGCCGCCGGCGGUUUGGUGCUGGGAGCUGCCUCUGUAAAUACACGGUUCCUUCCCUAUAAUUAGCAGCGUUCCCUGCCCUGUCCCAAACCCACUGUGGGAUUUGGGAUGGCAGCUGGAGCCUCGGUGGAUAAAACCCCCUCUUUGAGCGGAACGCGAUGGGGCUGGGUCCCAAAAUGCCUCCCAAAUGUCCCUUGGCUGAGGACUGACCCCGCUGCCCAGCUCGUCACAUGUGUGGGGAGCCAGAAACCAUGCCAAGAUGGGGAAAAAAAAUUAACUCAACAGGUUAAUUUGUCCCUAAACUUA